AUGGAUAUGACACUGAUCAGCAAUCGCUUCAACAGUUUUGAAAACUGGCCGGACCAGUCGCUCGCCCCUAGAGAACUGGCAAGCCAGGGGUUUUAUUAUCAAGGGGUGCAUGACGAAAUUCACUGUGCAUACUGUGGCUAUAUUAUGGGUGACUGGGUGAACUCACGGUACAAACCAUACUACCGACACCGCUUAGCCCGUCCAGACUGUGUAAGGGGUGAAGAUGAGAGAAUACUACUUCCGUUUUCACCGGCAAUGAAAGACUACAAGGCACGUUUCGCUACUUACGCUGAUUGGCCAGCAAACAAACAUCAGCAUCCCAGGGAUAUGGCUGCGGCCGGCUUUUAUUAUGAAGGCAGGGAUGAUCGUGUACGCUGUUUUCACUGUGGAGGUGCACUACAUGCUUGGGAGAAAGACGAUGCCCCGUGGGAGGAGCACGCUUGGACUUACCCAAAGUGUCCGUAUCUUAUACAGACAAAAGGCUUAGCAUUCAUCAGUGACAUUCGGAAAAAACGCAAAGAAGCCGAAACAACGUGUUGUGUGCUAUUGCGAAAAGCACCGCCAGCUACGCCGUCCGAAGAUCCCAAAGAGAAGUUGAGCUGUGACGCUGAUGAGGAAAUUCCGUCCGCACUGUGUCUGCUGCCUUGUUUCGACAAACUGGCACAUGGAGAUAUCAUCCGCAUUUUCUGUAGCAACAGAAAAAAAGUGUACUUAUACAAAGGGCACUCCAAAAGUAAGUUUCCCUAUUUUAUAUCUUUUGAUGCGACCAAGUAUCUUUAA